AUGGCCAAGAGAAGAACAAAGAGAAGAACCCAUCAGAAACCUAGUGAGGAUGAAGUUGCCAAAAUACCCAAGUCAAUGGUGAUCCAUCUAGGUUCAUCUUUGAAAAAUCACUCAUUAUCUCAAUUAGUAUCUGACUUUAGAAAUGUCAUGCAACCACAUACUGCCAUCAACUUGCGAGAACGUAAAUCCAAUAAAUUAAAAGACUUUAUAGUCAUGUGUGGUCCGUUGCAUGUGUCUGACUUGUUCAUUUUCAACCAAACCUCAUCGGGAAAUAUCACUUUGCGUAUGGGUAAAUUACCAAGAGGUCCCACAUUGCAAUUUAUGGUCAACACUUACUCCUUAUGUAAAGAUGUCCGAAAGAUCUUGAAACAUCCAAAGUCGGUUGGUAAAGAUAGUGCAGAGUUUCACCAGCCGCCAUUAUUAGUCUUGAAUGGGUUUUCCAACAAUGUCAACGAGAUGCCUAUGCAUGAAAAGUUGAUGGUUACCAUGUUUCAAAAUAUGUUUCCUCCAAUUCAACCACAAAAUACUAAGGUCAACACAAUCAAGAGGGUGUUACUCAUCUCCAAGGAUAAAACUACAGGACAGAUUGAACUUAGGCAUUACUCCAUAAAUACAAAACUUGUCGAUGAGAGCAAAAGUGUCAAGAAACUUAUUCAAUCCCAUCACAAUUUGAAGAAAAAAUUGCCCAAAAUGACCAAUGCUCAGGAUGUUGCCGACUUGAUUUUGGAUCCAUAUGCUAUUGGUGGUUUGACUUCUGAUAGUGAGGUGGAGGACGAUGCGGUAGUUGAAGUGCAACAUGAGGAAUUCCUCAAGAGACAGUCUCAACAAAACGAGAACCAGCCACAGCAACAAGAAUCAAUCACUACAUCAAAAAAGAGAGCUAUCAAAUUGGUUGAAUUGGGACCAAGAAUAAAUAUGUCUUUGUUAAAGAUUGAAGAAGGUUUAGUUGGAUCAUCAAAAACACUUUAUCAUUCAUCUGUAUCAAAAUCUGUUGAUGAAGCGCAAAAGCUUGAUGCUAAGCACAAAUUAAAAGAGAAGUUGAAACAAGAGAGAAGAGCCAAACAACAGGCUGCCGUACAAGCCAAACUUGAUAAAAAGCAAGCAAAGAAACUUAGAAAAAAAGCAAGAUUUGAAGGUGAGAAUGGCAAAGACAAGAGUGGUGGUGAAGCUAGUGAUGACGAGGAUGCCGAUGAAGAUGAAGACAUGCCCGAAAUUAAUGCUGAAGAUUACGAGAAUGAUAGUGACUUGUACAGUGAUGUAGAGGUAUAG